ACGGUGGUGGGUUUGGCGGUGGGCACAGCAGGAGGAAAUGGCCUGGCCUGGGGUGAAGGAGGGCACUGGGUUGCAGUGCUCAGCUCUCCCCUCCUCCCUGAAGCCCAGCUGCAGCAGAGCGAGUAGCCCUGGGGAGCUGAGUCCCUGAGCCCCCUGUGUCAUUUACAUACACCCCACCGUGCCAUCAGCACAGUGACCUGGGUUCCUGUAGCACUGCAGACCCUCUCUGAAACAACCUCCCUUCCUCUGCUUCCUGCCAUGGCCCCGGGCUUCCUGGUCCUGCUCCUGCUGGGGACGGUGGGCACAGCUUGCAGGGCUCAGCCUGUGCUGACCCAGCCCUCCUCCCUGUUUGUGCUGCCCGGGCAGACGGCCCGGCUGUUCUGCACCCUGAGCCCCCAGUACAACAUCACCGAGUUCGGCAUCUCCUGGUUCCAGGAGCGCCCGGGGCACGCCCUGAGGUAUCUGCUCUAUUACAACUCCGAGCGAGAAAUGCACAAGCCUGACGAGACUCCCGACCGCUUCUCUGCUAGCAAGGACCUUGCCAGCAACACCUGCAUCCUCACCAUCACCUCUGCCUGCCAGGAGGACAACGGCACCUACUACUGCGCCCUGACUCCUGCCUUCAAGUGGUUUUAGAAGUGGGGAACAAAAGCUCUUUGUGCCCUUUCUGCAACCCCGAUGCAAAGCCCUCAACGGGGAGAGCAGCUGCCCUGGGAGGGAUGGAAAAAGACUUCGCACGCUUGAGCAGGCCCAGCAGCGCUGCCUCGUGCUGGGAAGUGCAGCAACCUCCUCUUUGAACCCAGACUUCCCCCAUGGAACACUGGAGAGCCUGACAUGGUGCGAGACCUGCCAGGGACUCCUGUUGCAGCAGGAGGAUGGAUGGACGGCUCUGCUGUGGCCCGGCUUUCCUGGGCUCUCCCAGCACUCGGCAGCCUUGAUCCGGCCUGGGCUUCCGCAGAGUUUGGCUCACCUUGUAAUAAAGGUUAAUCCUUA